GGAAUGGUUGCAGUUGAUCCAAAUCUUGAAGGUGAUGUUUUAUGUAUACGCGAUAGUCAAAAAAAGUUCGAUGCGCCCGAUUCCUCAAUUUUAGAGAUUGCGAAAACUGUGAAAACUUCAUUGCCCGGCCAUUUAAAUCGACAGAUUAUAAUGUUAUUAUCGACACUUGGGGUGCCAGAUGAGGUAUUUAUUGAAUUACAAAACGAAAUGUGCGCAGACAUUGAUGCAAUGAUGACGAACGAGGAAAAAGCACGCGAAAUUGUAAAACGUAAUAUGGGCACAAAAGAAUGCUUACACAUCACGCGUACUAUCCUUAGCAUGAUCGAAGAAGGAAUGAUGAAAGGGAUUGUUGAUCCAUUUUUAAAUGCCCUUUUGGAAUGUAAACGUGUUUAUGCAUUAAAGAUGUUAAGACACAAAGCUCGUAUUUUAAUGCCUAAAUCAUUCUUAUUAUUGGGCGUUAUUGAUGAGACUGGCAAAUUGGAAGAAAACGAAAUUUAUCUGCAAACCUCUACCAUUGUUAGCGAACAUCUAACGUUCAAUAAAGCGAAUGAUAAAAUCCGACGAGAAUCUAAGAUUUGGACAGAUCAAGCUAUUAUUACUAGGAACCCAUGUUUGCACCCCGGAGAUCUAAGAAAAGUUGAGGCAGUUGACAUUCCCGAACUGUCUCAUUUAAAAAACUGUAUAGUGUUUAGCCAAAAAGGAGAUAGACCUUUGCCAAAUUGUUUGGAAAACGCGGAACCUAUGGAAUUUGAUUCCCAAGGAAAAAGAGAGUUGGAUAGGGACGUUGAAAUUGAAGAUAUUUGUGAGUUCUUUAAAGACUACAUGCUAAACAAUAGGCUCGGUCAAAUCGCCAAUCUCCAUUUAGCAUUGGCCGAUUUCAAUGAAAUGGGUGUUAGAUCUGAAGAAUGUAUUAAGUUGGCACAACUGCAUUCCAAUGCGGUUGAUUUUAAUAAAACUGGAAUUCCGGUGGUUGAAAAAUUGACAAGCCGUUCUGAAUACCCAGAUUUUAUGGAUUCCAGAUAUAGAGAUUCUUAUAGGUCAGAAAAAGUGCUGGGAAAAUUAUAUCGCGACAUUCAACUUGAUAAGCCCGAGAAAGACCCUUUGUUAAAAUAUUAUAAAAAGACUAUAAAGAUGGAUGAAAAUUUUUUGUUUGAAGGAUAUCAAGACUAUAUAGAAGAAGCUAUUGCUUGUCGUGAUCAUUAUAAUAGUGAAAUUCGAAGUCUUAUGAAGAAAUAUAAUGUUAAAACCGAGGCAGAAAUUUUAACAGCGCAAUUAUUAGGAUUCCGGCGUAUUGAUGGUAGUAAAAGUCAAGAUAUGCGAGAUGCAAUUAUCGGGUCGAUAUUUUUCAUAAUAUAUAAUUGUCGUAAACAAUUCUUGAUGGGCUUACAUAACGAUCAUGAAGCAGAUGAAGAUGAAGAUGAAUUACCAUUUAAUUUAAAUGCCCCGAUUCCUAUAAACAAUGAAUCAAAAGCUAAAGCUUCGGCAUGUUACUAUGCCACAUAUAACCAAGUUGAAUAUCCUGAAGAAGAAAAAAACAAGACCAUCUUAUUAAGUUUUCCUUGGGUUGUAUCAGAUAUAUUAUUAGUAAUUCGCAGGGAUAACAUGAAUGAAUUACAGGCAUCAGUACCGUUAAAUUAA